AUGUUCAUGCUCCUCAUUGGUCUCCUCACCCUUCCGUGUCUCCCCCGGUCGGUUCUCGGCUGCUAUGAUGAUAGAGACGCCCUUCUGUACAGAGCUGACAUCACCCUUCCUCCUAAGGAGGGGAGGGACGAGACGGCAGACAUAUUGCAGAUUAAGGCAAAAGUUGAGGUUCUUAAUGUUGAGAAAGCGUGCAGCUGGCCACAGUUGACAAGCUUUCUGUCACGAAAGGGCUAUGAGGUGAAGACGACCCCAGUGUACCGCUGCAGUGACUACGCCCGGGAACUUGGGGUCAAUGUAUCCAGAGACAUUUAUGAUAUGUCUCUCGAGGAUGAUGAGCACUUACUUCUUGGCAAGCAAAUAUUUCAUGUCAAAGAUUUAACAACAGCUGAGUUUGACAAGAAGAUGAGACAGAUGUUUGAAAGAGACGUGGGCAUUCUGAAAACGGGUCAACGGGCGGCAUGUUUCAGAACUCUAGCAAGCCUUCCAGUUGAGUUAAUGCACUUCGCGCCAGUUGGCCCUCAGAAAAUGGAGGUGAUAGCAGAAACCUUGCAUGGACCUGAAACCUUUGACGUUGAAAUCAUUCGAAUCCAGAACCUGGCUCCGUACGUGGGAGGGUGUCAGUGAAAAGAUGUAGUUUCCU